GCAGAUGAUGAUUUCUCUCUAAUGAAAGGGGAUGUGGCGAUUAGUGGAUGCUGCUGUUAUUGUCCUCUAGAUGGCAGUAGUGCUGAGCACACAGUUAGCAGAGGCAUUAUCCGAGUAAAAGCUCAGAGCAAGGAAAACUCGUGUGGAGGUUCAGUGCUGAAGAAAUCACGACAACACACUCCAGCUUUUAUAUUGAACCUUCUGCUGCCAGACUGUUUAUCUGACGGACACUUCAGCUGCUUGCCUUUAUUCAGUAUAUAUUGGGGCUCAACUGUAAAUUCCUCGACAGAAGCGAUCAGGAACACUGCACUUUAUUUCAGCUGCUAUUUCAUACACAAACAGGCCUGAUUGAGGAGACACGCCAUGUCAAAAUGAGAGGAAGAACUCACUCACUGAAGAGAAAAGACAAAAAAUGGGUCACCUGCACUCAGUGUGGAAAGAGUCUGGCAAACAAAAAGAAUCUCAAGAGCCACAUGCGGAUCCACACUGGAGAGAAACCAUUCACAUGUUCUCAGUGUGGGAAGAGUUUCAGAGACUCAUCAAACCUUAAUAGACACAUGUUGAUCCACUCUGGAGAGAAAACACACUCAUGUGAUCAAUGCGGAAAAUCAUUUCUGUUGGCUUCAGGCCUGAAUGAUCACCUUAGAGUUCAUGCAACUGAGAAGCCUUCAUGCUCUGUGUGUGGAAAGAGUUUUGCAAAUGAAGUAAAUUUAAGAAAACAUCAGAAGAUCCACACCGGUGUGAGAGAGUAUGUGUGCUCUGAGUGUGAGAAGACCUUUAUUACAGCUGCAGACUUAAAAAAACACCAGUUGAUUCACACUGGAGAGAAACCGUACAUGUGUUUAUAUUGCGGCAAGAGAUUCAGUCAGUUAGGAGGCCAGAAAACACACGAGAGGAUACACACUGGAGAGAAACCUUACAAGUGUUCACACUGUGACAAAAGAUUCAAUCAAUUAGGAAGCCAGAAAACACACGAGAGGAUUCACACUGGAGAGAAACCGUACAAGUGUUCACUCUGCAAUGAAAGAUUCUGUCAUUUAAUGAGCCUGAAAACACACGAGAGCAAUCACAGUGGAGAGAAACCAUACAAGUGUUCACACUGCGACAAGAGAUUCAGACAGUCAUCACAAAUGAAAUUGCAUGAGAGGAUUCACACUGGAGAGAAACCUUACAAGUGUUCACACUGCGACAUGAGAUUCAAUCGGUUAGGAGGCCAGAAAAGACAUGAGAGGAUUCACACUGGAGAGAGACCGUACAAGUGUUCACACUGCGACAACAAAUUCAGUCAGUUAAGAAGCCUGAAAACACAUGAGAGGAUUCAUACUGGAGAGAAACAAGUGAGAUUCAGUCAGUCAGAAACAUUGAAAUACACACAAGAGUGUCACGUCAGAGAGUAACCUUAACAGAUAUGCAAACUUGUAUUAUUGAUGGGUCGUUCUGGAACAAUUCUUUAAUGUGAACUUGAUAUCAGGAUCGUAUGUAGGCAAUAGUUAAAACAAUAUUUUCGUCUGAAAGAGCUCAACUCUUUCAGUAUUCAUAGCACCCAAAUGUGUUAAACCCUGUCAAUACACAUUUAAAAGAUAUUGGAGAAUGUUUUGUUCUUUAAGUUUAGGAUAAUUCAUUAAUAUAGAUCGAUUAAAAUAUUCUACAAUGGCAGUCCACAGAACCAUUUGUGGCAAAUGUAAGAAAUUUCCAAAUGAAAUGCUGCUGAAAACACAGCAGAAAUCUACCAUUGAUUUAUUGUAGUUGUAGUUACACUGAGUGGUAUGGUUUGGAACACUUUUAUGGCUGUUUCCACUGUUAAAGGGUACCAAAAACCGAACCGUACCACUUUUUGGGUACCUUUUUGAAAGGUACAAAAGGGUACCAAAAAGCAGAGCUAGACACACAGCUGAAAGCUAUUGGUUUACAGAGACACGUCACCAGCGCAUACACAAGCAGAAGAAUGUAAACAAAGGAACAGCCAUUUUAAAAGCCGAGACAUUACGCUGUUAUAAUAUAUACAUAUAAUAACAAGCCAUGGUCGACGCAAGCUCAAACAGACUAUGUCGUCGUCUUGAUGAACAGCCACAAAGCCAAGAAAAACAAAAUGUGCUGUGUCCUGUUGUUUUAUAAGCCCGUCUAAAGCAUGAACGGUUUCACUUUCUCCAGAGAGUUCAUGUAAUGUAAUGAUCAUUUAUACACAAGUAUUAAAGUGUAUGAAGCAUCUGUUUUGUGAGAAGUGCUUCUCAUAUGAUAUGUGAACGACCAGUACAGCCUUACUUUGACAUUUCCUCGAGUGAAAAUGACGUCGACUGAAACUUUCUUUCAUACACCACGCCUAUAGGUACCCUUCUGGCAGUGGAAACGCAAGCCUGAUAAAGGUGACUCAUACUGUACCACUCAUUGGAAACGGGUCAUAAUAGACUGAGAGGGCUAUAAUCCAGAGGAACCCUCCUGGGUAAACCUGUCACCGGUUCGGUCCCAAAGACUCCCCUCACUCACCAGCAGAGGUCCUCCUCGCCUGAGUUUUGGAUUAGCCCCAACUUCAUGUCCCAUAUAAAUACACGCUGGUUCGACUAUUCAGUAUAAAGGUUUGUUUUGCCUUGCA